AACGAGUCACGUGAUCAAAAAUGGACAACGGAAGUGGAAUUUGCUGAAGUGUUAGGUGCUGAUGUUUGAAUUAUUCAAUAAGGAAUGGCAUCUAUGAAAAGUCGCAGUAGCCUAGAAGCCGCAGCUGAAGCUGCUGCCAAAGUGAAUGCCAUGCUAAUAGCUAAGGGAAAAUUGAAACCAUCACAAUUGUCACAACAAACAGUCACAAAACCUAAAAUGCCCAUAAGUCCCACUGGCCAACCCAGUAUAAGUAUGUCACCUACAGCAGCUGGAAACACAUUGAUUGUAGCAGAAGUUGAGAUCAAUGACGUUCCACCAGGGUGCAGAAAUAUGCUUACCAGAGGGAGCACGCAAGAUGAGAUCUCAAAACUAAGUGGGGCAGCAGUAUCUACCAGAGGGCGCUAUAUGGGACCUAACGAUAUUGCCAAAAAUAAUCUGGGAGAGCGCCCCCUAUACCUAUGUGUACAAGGACCUGAUCAGACCAGUGUAGAUGUUGCUGUUGCUAGAAUCAAAGACAUCAUAUCCACUGGUCUUAAGGGCAAAGUUGGGGCAAGAGUUCGACUGCCAAAUAUGCCGCCAGAUUUCAGUAUGCCACCUCCCUCUAUCAGACCAGCUCUCCUGGCCACACCCCCUCCAUUGAUGUCUCUACCAACUCAAGUACAGGUGCAGUUACUGAAUGAGAAAAUCUUUAUUGGACUUGAGCAUGCACCGCCAUCUUUUGAUGUGAAGACUAAACUAAUGGGAGUAGAUGGCAGUUUCUUGCAACACAUUCAGAAUGAAACAUGUGCCAAGGUUAGCCUACAUGGAAGAGGAUCUGGCCACAUUGAUCCACAAAUUGGCAGGGAAGGAUUUGAACCCAUGCAUAUACAUAUACAGCACACUACAUUACCAGGGUUACAACAGGCAAAGGUCUUAGUAGAGAACCUCAUACAAACAGUUCAACAUGAAUAUGCUAGCUUCCAACAAGCACUUGCUGCGAUGCCACCAGGACCCUUUGUACCCGCAAGUUCUCCAAUGCCCCAUGGGUACCCUCAGAGUUUAGGUAUGCCACCUUCACAGCAUGGGUUAGGCCUGAUAACAUCCCCAGCAACCAUUCAACUCCCUGGUGGUGCGAUGACCCUAGCAACAGCAGACAGUCGUAGUCUACCUAUGCAGCCUCCCAUGCAGAUGGGGCCUGAACUCAUCCAGAGACCUGGGCCUCCUAUGGAACUAGGACCACCCCCUAUGGGUUUCCCAGUUGGUAGUGAACCAGGCCCUAUGAUGGGACCCCCAGGCAUGGCUAUACCUGGACACCCUGUCCCGGUCACAAUAGAUGGCCAACCAAUGACCAGAAUCAUACAUGAUCCAAGUCAGCCACCUCCCAAUACUACACUAGCCUCAGCUCUGCCAGGCUACCAGCUGCAGCCUCCCCAACUGAUUCAGACCUUGCCUGGUCCCAUUCCUCAGCCAGGACAGCCUGGACCCCAGAUGACCUUUCAGCCGCCCCAGACUAUCCACCUAACACAGCCUCCACCUGGGAUGCCCCCACCUGGCCAGGACAUGCCUCCACAGCAAGGGAUACCCCCACCAGGGAUUCACCAACAAGGGAUGCCCCCUAUGGAACAACAGCAAAUCAGUCAGGCUGGGCAGCCACUCCAACCUGGCCAGCCACUGCAACCAGGAGUACCACCUCAGCCUGGGAUGACUUUCCAGCACCCUGGUCAACCCCAGCCUGAACAGCAUCAGUUGCCUCCUCCAGGUUCCCCUGCACCUGGCCACACGUUGUAUGCCAGCCAGCCACAGCCAGGCCAGCCACAGAUGCAGCAGUUGCAGCCUGGUCAGAUGCUGCCUCCCCCAGGUCAAGGUCAGCCUGUGCAGCAAAUCCAGGUGUCCCAGGGGCCACAUCCAGGGCAGCCAGGCGGACCACCAGAGCAGCAAGGCGCUCCAGGUGAGCAACCACCACCCCAGAUGAUGCAGCAACAUGGUAAGCCCCAAGAACAACAACAGCAAGGAGGUGUGGUGUAUGAACAACAGGGACCCCCUCCCUCACAAUCCCAGAGUCAGCCACCACCUGGGUACCUCCCCCAGCAGGGUGAUCCAAACAGACCCCCUCAGCAGCAGGUUCACUACCAAGGCCAGCCUCCACCCUUGCAAAAUGGCCAGUUCCACCCACAGGGCCCAGGAAUGCAGCAUGUGCAGGAUCAGCCUCCCACGCAGCAGCAACAACCCCAUCACCCCCAACAACAAGUGGUUUUCUCAACUAGUGCAGGCAUUGUAUCUAGCAUGGCCCCUUCAUCUAUGUCCCAGGCCCCUCCACCACAAUGGACAGGCAGCCAGGCCAGUCAACAACCCAUGUCAUCUCAGCAUGACCAACAGUCACACUACACAUACAGCAAUCAGCAGCCACAGAUGACUCAUGGUGUGGGAAGAUCAGAACAGAAUCCAGUGAGUCACCAACAAAUGAACCAAGUGACCCCCUCCCAGUCCUACCAGCAGACAUAUACUGCUCCUAGAGAAGAUACUGACUCAAGAAAGCGAAGGUUCACUGAGGAGAAGAAAGAAGAUAAAAUGCCUGAUGGUUUAUUAGGUUACCAGCAUGGGCCCCCGCACAUCACAAACCUUGUUUCAUCCACCCCUCCUCCCCCACCCCCUGCAGCACCAGGAGGUCAGGAAAGGGGAGAGAUGCAGUCAUUAUUUGGUGCCCCACCCCCACCACCUCCUCCAGAGGAAAACAGGCAGAACAAUCCUGCAAUAUUGAUGCCCCCUCCACCCCCACCCCCUCCCAUGAUGGGUGAGGGAGAGAAGCAGGGUCUAAUGCCUCCACCCCCUCCCCCACCCGGUGCUGUUAAUGAUGAUGGCAAGAGGGAAGAUCCUAAUGGAAUUAAAAGAUCAAAGAAAGAAUAUGAAGAUGAUGUGAAGUCAACAAUGCGGGAACAACAGCGAGAUGUUGGAAAGUAUUCCUUCAACCAGUUCUCCAGUAAGCCUCAGUUGUACCAACAACAGAAUGAUCCACAUUACCAGACAUUUCAGCAGUAUGGUGGCUUCCCACAAGCAUCACAGGGACAGCCUCAGCAACAGCAUCACCAAGACUAUGACCAUAGGGUACAGAACCCUGAACCCCCUAAGCCACCACCACAAUUUGGAGGACCUAAUAGACCAUUUUGGAUGGCACCAAAUUGA